AUGGACAACGAAAAGGCCAAUCCAUCGGGAUGUCCGUCCAGGUUCAUUCCAAUCAUCGUCACCAAUAGGGACUGCGAUUCGGAUCCCCUUUCUCCGGGUCGCGAGACUCUCAAGAAAUGGCUGGGCCGAAAAAUCCGGGUGGUACUGCGGAAUAAGCUUGUCCUGAUCGGCAUCUUCAGCUGCACCGAUCACGACGAGAACCUGGUGCUCUACGACUGUGGAACCUUUGUAUCGGGAAACGAGCAGCCAAUAUCGGUGGGAAAAGUCAUGGUGCCAGGACAUCAAAUAUCAACUGUUGCCAUCGAAAUGCGAUCGGAUGAGAAAGAGCCACAAGAGCCAUUAAUGGAAAAUAAAGGGCCGAAAACUGCUUAG